AUGGCCCUAGAAGACUUCACAAAGCUCCUCACCACAUCAAAUCAACCACAAAUUCAAUCAUUUAUAGAUAUUUUAUUCAAACUCCUUAACGAUCCCAAUAACGAUGUUAAGUCUAAAACCAUUAAAGUCUUCCCCCUAAUUCUUCCCUACAUUUCCCCCGCCAGCGUCAUGAAAGUUAUGACCCAAUUGUACCAUAAUACACAAAAACAUGAUACACAAAAACUCGAUGAUAUUUCCCUUAUGGUAUGGAAAUUGAUGAUAAAUAGUGAUUUUACCUUCCUGGAAAAACUAGUUAGGUCCAUUAUCGACCUAAUCUUACCCCUGCUUGAUGGGGAGGUCGGUAGCUAUGAUCUUGAGGUAUUAAUGGAAGUAUUAAAGAAAUUUGAUGGGUUAACCCUGGGUGAAUGGUUGAAAAUCGCCAAUAUUCUCGUCCAAUUGUCAUUUAAAGCCAAUUCUUUGACCAAGAAAGCCGUCUAUUGCUUUGACUUGUUGAUGUCGUCCCACCAGCUCGACCUCCAAGCAUUGGAAAGUUUACUUUUAUGUAUAAAUUUGAAUUUUGAACACAAGUCACGUGACUUUGCCAGUAAAAAUAAUCGAUUAGUACUUUUAGCCAUGAUGGUAAAGAAGGCAAGGUUCCAAUACCCACCGGACGAGUUCUAUGGGUUAGUUGACGAGUUCUUGAACGAAGAUUUGGAUAUUGAGGAUUUAGACUAUGAUUUAGUUACUGAAGAUAACCUUAAUAAGGAACUCUGCUUAGAUAUAGUGACGCUGUUAGUGGACAAUAGCUAUGUCCACCCACAAAUUACUGCCAUCAUCGGUAAAUUCUUGACCUACAGUCCUAUCGAACAAGAACCUGAGAGUGAGAGUGAGUUUGAAGACAUGGAAUUUAGUGAUGAAAUGGAAGAAAUUGAUGACGGAUCGUGGAAAUUGCGGUACAAGACAGUUGUACUUAUUGAUCGGUUGAAAGAUUCGACGUAUUUGCCACGAUUAAUCCAAUUAAAUGAUACCAAUCCCAUCAUUUUCAAGCAAUGUCUCACCACCAUUGGCAAUUUGAUGGGCCCACAGGACAUAGAUUUAGUCCCAUCCAUCGAACAAAAGAUCCUUGCCCAUUUAAACGGGGAUUUCUUUGUAUAUCUUCCAUUAUUGAUGAAGUUAUUGACGAUUUCCACGGUAUCUCCAUCAUUUCUCAAGCAAUUCUUGGGAAGUUUGGGGGAAAAACAUUUUGAAAUGGUAGAAAUUUUGAAUUUGGUCCAUGAAGUGGUGGCUAAGGGCGUAGAUAAGGAGAUCAAGGACGAUUUGGUGGUAAAAUUGUGCUUAAAUGUGAAAAAUAACGCCAAUGUCGUAGUAAGUUUGAAGAUCUUAAACUUAUUGAUGGACUCCGCCAGCCCCGAAGUGUUUACUACGUUAGUAGACAAGUUAAGGGAUAAAACGGUGAUCGUGGAAGUAAAACAAGAAUUAGUAGGGAGCUUGACGGAGUAUAUGGUGGUGAAUGGAGUGAAUUGGCAAGUUGUAGGGGAAGUCUUUGGAGACCAAAUGAACGAGAUGAUGAUUGGUGGGGUUUUAGGAGGGUUAUGUAAACUUGCGGCUGAUGGGAGAGGCGCCAAAGGUACUGAUACUACCACAGGCGGUGACACAGGGCUCUCCAGCUUAGUGGAAAGACUCCUCCCAUUCCUACAAUCUCAUGAUAAACCCCUUAUCUCCCUCAUCAUCACAUUCUUCUCCUCUAUCAACUAUCACAUGGAUGUUGCUCAACUUCUCGCCUUACCUACCGACUUAGACCUCAGUAAGUCCAUCCUUCAUUACUUAUCCCACUAUACUUUCGACCCACCCACCAUAAAUGCCUUCAUAACUGUGGUCAAUUCCAUGGACUACGACAUUAACCAACUCCCUGAGGUGGAAUUGAAGGAAGUUGUUACACAAAUCUGUCAACAAGGUGAUUUCUACCUCCAGUUCAAGGCCGAUUUGAAUCCAUCUCCGGUCACCAGUAAGAUCUUGGCUAUGGUAUUAACCCAAAGGAACAAGUCAGAGGAAAUCGCCAACUUGGAGAACCAAGUCAACGGAACGCUUGAACGGAAUCAAGUAGACCGAGACUUUGUGACAUUACUCGAAAUUUUGGGAUUUGUGGAAGGCCAUGAUAGUAAGGUUAAAUUUGAAGGGUUGAUAGGAUUGUUGAACGAUGGUAGCACCACCACCAGCGCCACCACCGCUAAUGACGACUUAAAAUACCAAAUAGCUAAAACUUUAGGUUACUUGAUCAACGGGGCUGAUUUAAUCCAGGCUUUUAAAACCCAUCAAGGACUUAAACCCUAUUUGUUAGUGAGUAUUAGGUCGUUCGUAGGAAGAUAUCGCGAUAGAGGGUUCGAGGUGAAGAUGUGGGAGAUGUUAUUUGACGACAUUAACGUAGAUAAAGUAAAGAAAGAGUUUAACUUGGUAGGAGAGAUUUUACUGAUGAUGAUCAGAGAUGGUGAAUUUUUGAAAGAAUUUGAAGUAAUGGUGAAAGUGUCCGUUCCAGGAGCUGGCGCAGGCAAGGGAGCUAGUACCGGUGCCGGUGCUACCGAUAAUACAGAAGAAAACUCUGAGUCGGGAACUACCGGUAUUGGACUCUGUUAUAUUCUCCUUAUCAUCACCAACUUCCUCAUUAAGAAACUCCCUCCGCAAGACUUAGGCUUCUUCUUCAACACCUUAUCCUUCCAAUCCAUCAUCAACAUCGAUAUCAAACUCAUGGUCAUCAAGAACCUCAUCACUCUCUUCCAUACCCACCCCCAAUUGUUCCAACAAGUGGACUUACAAGCCCAUCUUUUCAAUGAACUUCUUCAAUACCCUGAAUUCCGUAAGGUCAUCCCUAUGGGACCAUACAAAUACGUUAUUGAUGAAGGUCUUGAAAUCAGAAAAUUGGUGUUUGAACUUAUCUACUCCAUCAUUAACUCCUCCACCGCCAUUAAUCACGAUACCUUCAUGGAUCAUAUCAUCUCGGAAGGUCUUACCGAUAAAGAACCGGAUAUCUUAAAUUUGGCGUUCAUAAGUUUAUCCAAGCUUAUCUCCAUUCAUCCAACCUACCUUAACUCCCCAGCGCAUCUUCAAUUAUUGGUGGACAACCUAACCCUUAACUUAAAUAAGAAGUUGAAAACCAAAGCUACAAACCAGGAAAUAGAGUCAUUCAAUGAAAACCUUAAGAAUUUGAUUAAUUUGUCUAACACAAUUAACCAAAUCUUUAACCACAAUAACUGGGUCCAUGGUAGUUGGGAUGGAUUCUAUCAGAAGGUUUUGAAGUUACAAGGUUGA